AUGGCCCCGCAAGACGUUCCGUCCAUCAAUCCGCUGAAAUAUCUUGGCCCAACGGGUAUUCUGCGUGCCAGUCACCGAAGGUUAGACGAGAAGCUUAGCAAGCCGUAUCGUCCUAUUCCAAGUCAUUCGGCCGUCGAACCUGUCGCCAAGGGGACGAUCGUCAAGCUAGAAAUUGGAUUUUGGCCAACGGCAAUAGCUUUCGAGAAGGGUGAGAAGCUGGUGUUGAAGGUAUUUGGUCAUCAUAUGAUGCUUGCCGAGUUCGUGCCACUCCAGGGAACUUUCACAUCUGGAAAUCGAGGACGACAUCACAUCCAUUUUGGAGGAGAGAACAACAGCUCUAUAGACAAUCCCUUUGUGCAGUUACGAGUCGCGGCAGAAUCUCUCAAUGAGAUCCUCCCAAAAGACACCCUUGCAAAAGAGGUCGAAAGAAUUGGCAAUGUCCAUUCAUUAUCAGCACCUGAACUGCCCGUGACUUGA